GUGCGAUUGAGCUUUAGGUUAUAUCGACGACGGCAAAUCGCAUAUAGUGCGUAUGUAAUUGUCAAUGUAAACACAAAUUGAGGGCUUGUGCAAUGGUUGUGUUGUGAAAUUAUGCAAGUCACUAACUUGAAGUUUUUAAAAUCUUUUGAAUUUUUCUAGAAGGUUACUCUAGUUUAUACCAGUUGGUCUUUCGUUUUCGUGCCGGAAUUUUGUUGAAAGUCGUAAAUGACCUAAACUCAAAAAAUAAUUGGUUUUCUUUUAACAAUUCCUAAUUUUACUUGAGCUAAAGUCAAAUUCUGUAUAAUAAUCAUGUCUUCAGAAUUUGUUAUAGGAUGGGAACUUAUGUUUCAUUCUAUUCAAGAAGAUAUAAAGACAAAAGAAGACAUCUUGGUUGCUCUUAUUCAUUGGGCAUUAAUUAAAUCAAGGUUCCGAUGUAUUGGUUUGGGGGAUGAUAGCACCUUUACUGUAGACGAGCCAGGGAGCGAGCUGCUACCUAAGGGUUGGAACAGCAAAAAUACUUUUGCCAUCAAGUACACUCUGGACAGUCAGUUGUUUGUUCUUAGAGGUCUUUUGGUGGACGAUGAAUUCAUACUCAACCUUGUGAGGGUUGCUGACAAGAACGUGUCUACACUCGCACUGAAACACCAUGAUGUGGUGAAGACAACACAGGGCUCGCUGGAGACAAUAGUGCCGACUUACGCGGACGUGUUCCACUUGUUGAAAAAUGAGUUGAUUGUUCCCCUCAUCAAAACUAGCAGCAAAGAGGCGACCACUCAAACUACGAGCGUAAGGCCACCUGGUGCUCACCAGCCUAACCUCCUCGGCCGCUCACCAAGUGCAGAUAUUGAGUCGCAAAGGAGCAGGUAUGCUGACCCUUUUGGUGUUGGAGGUUCAGACUUGGACCCCUUUGCCCCUCCCGGACAUGGGAAUUUAUUUGAGCCUUUCCACAGAGACCCACUGAGGCCAUUCCCAGAUCCAGGACAAGGAAUUCCUGGGGGUCUUCCGAGAGGAGCAGUUCCACCUGGGGCAAGAUUUGAUCCUUUUGGACCUCCUGACGUAGGCCCUCGUCCAUCCAGGCCCCGUUUUCCCCCUGAUGCUGACCAUCUGCCUCCCCCAGGCUACGAUGAUAUGUUCAUGUAACCUAAGUCAACUAUUAUUAUACUUGUAUUAUAACAUUUUACUCUAACUUAUAUUGUAAUGAAAUGUUUUGUAUCAAGAAAUAUGUUUCUUGUUAAAA